GUGGCACUGGGUGAGAUUUAAGGUCCCUUCCCACCCAGCCCAUUCCAUGAUUCCUGAAUGCGCCUCAUGCCACCAUCACAGGACAGUGUGGGUGCUGCUGGGGUGACCGCAGGCGAGGAUACCCCAGCGUGCCUGGGCUAAGAACAGAAGGUCUCAGGACUGGAGGGACAUGACCUGAGCCGGGUUUAGGUGAUGGGCCACAUGUCAGCUCUGGCCAGCACCAAAGGCUCAGGGAGGGGCAGGUUUGCAGGAGGGGGGGUCAAGAGCUGCUGAACGUCUCCUGGAGGCCUUGCUGGGGGGGCCGUGCCCACCCUGCCCUCCUGCCCUGGGCACAGGGCUGCCCAUCCCUGCUGAGCCCCAGGCUCUGUCCUGCUGCUGGGUCACAUUCCCAUUGCUCCACAACAGAAAUGCGGAGCAGUUUGGAAAGCAGAGAGGCUCCUCUGAGCCGCCAGGGCUCAGAGCAGGGGAUCUUCCACCCCGAAACAUCUGCCAGGCCCAUGACUGAUUUCCCUGCCUCUCCGCCAGCGCAGUGUGUACCCAGUGCCAGAGCCCCAUCCCUGCCCUGGCACGGAGCGAGAUGCCCUCCUUGGAGUUUGGGAAGGGCGCUGAGCUGGGAGGGAGGUAACUAUGUCUAAAAAAAUCCCGCGGCAACUCAGCCCUCCCGGUUGUUCUCAGGAAAGGGCUCAGGACCUGCAGAGCCGGGUGAGGAGGGAAGAACUGCAAAUGGCACAUCUGGGGAACAAAUAGGUGCCAGCCUGGUCUAGUGGAAGAUGUCCCUGUCCCUGGCAGGGGGAUGGAAUGGGAUGAGCUUUCAGAUCUCUUCCAGCCCAAACCAUUCCAUGAUUCUAUGAUUUGCUGUUUGGGGCAUGGAUGUUUGUGCUGGCACCACUGCUCUGAGUGCUGAUCUGUGGGAUGUGGCAGGGGCACAGCUGAGCUCUGCUGAGGAGCAGAGGGAAACCAGGAGCAAGCAGAACCCAGGAGCCUGGGGCUGCUCUUUUGGAGAGAGAAGGUUUGUCUGUGAGUCAGGGCAGGACCAGAACUGGAACUGUGCAGAGAAAAUUGGGUGGGAGCCAGGGGGAAAAGAAUGCCUCAAUCCUGGCUGAGGAGUUGUUUUUCACUUCUAAUGUUUCCUGGUCUGUGCACUGGGAGAGCUGGGUCAGGCACAGCCUGGAAAUCUGUUUCCUCAGUGCCCCGUGGUGCAGAGCAAGUGCCGGGGAGCAGGAGAGAGAGGGGCUGGUUGGGGUCCGCCGGUGCUGGCAGUGAGGCGCUGGGAUGGGGACAACUCGGCAGGAGGUGCUGACGUGGACAUGGGGCUGUGUCUGGGAUUUCCCAGCCCGUCCCUUGGAUUCGCCUCGGUUCGCUUCAGGCAGGAUGGAGGAACGCGCGAUUUUUGUUGUUUUCCAUGUUUUAUGGGAUGGCCAAGGCAGACGCCCUGAGCUGGGUCAGCGCAGGAUGCUCCUCCCCGGGGAGGUCCCAGGGCCGGCUCUCAGCUCCCCGCGCUGCUCCCUCAAGCCAAGCCCAGCCCGGCGCUGGCUCCGGCCGCUGCUGACUCCGAACAUGUGCUGGCCACACGGCGCUCCCUCCCUCAGGAAACAGCAGCCCCUGGGACGUGAAGUCAUCGCGUGCGGCUCAGGAGCUGCUGUAACCUCCCUGGAAUGUGCCCUCAGAUGUUUGUCUUUCGAUGGAACUCAUCAGUUCCUGUGCUGAGGUGUUUUUUGGGGAAAAACCUCUUCCCCAUCACACCGUACUUCCAAGGGGAAGGUCAGGCAUCCAGCCUCUUCCCUCCAAACCCUGGGAGCACCCCAACCCUUCCCUGGGUCUAUCCCGCCCGGGGGCUGGGGCCGGGGUUUGUUUGUCCCUGUUAGAGCAGAGCAGGCGGAGACAUUCCCUGCCUGGUGGCAUCGGAGCUGUUCCAGAGCUGCUCCAGCCUCACACGUGCCGGGAUGGAGGGAUGGAGGGAUGGGGUGGUCACCCAAGUGGGACAGGACGUUGGCUUGGAUGGGCACAAGCUGGUCCUCACAGCCCUCCCUGGCCUCUGGCUGGUGGUGGCAGCUGGAGGUUGGGAGCCGAGGGAAAGGAGGAGCAGGGAGGCCCCGUGGGUAGCCAGGGCUGCUCCCUGCGCUGCCGGCAGGCGUUUGGCACAGGAGGGAUGGAUGGAGGAGCCCCGUAAAACCCUGGACCCGCGGGCUUCCCCAGGAGGGAUGAGGAGCAGCACCUCUGGAACAUCUCAAGGCGGGACAGCAGCUCCCGAGACAUCCCCGCCCCGGCCAGGAGCGUCCCCGGGCUCCGGGGAUGGAAUGACAGGAAAGUUCUGCUGCAGCUCCUUCCUGGGCUGGGCUCCCUGAUCCCAGCGCCUCCGCCGGCUCCUCGCACAGCCGAUGUCCUCUCAGCCGAUGUCUUCUCACAGCCGAUGUCCUCCCACAGCCGAUCUCCUCGCUCCCUCUAGUGGGGUUGGGAGAGCUGCGUGGGCUCCUGCCUGGGCACACCUGUGUCCCUGUUCCUCCUCCUGAUGUCCUCCUGGAGAUCCUCCUCUGGCCAUGCUGGCCCGCACGCUCGCUCCCUGCUACUCCGCCGACCUGCGCCCGGCCUCGGGGAGCCUGGUGUCGGCCGUGGGCUGCACCGUGCUGCUGACGGCCCCCGCGCUGCGGGGCAGCAGGGCGGUGUCCUGGGAGUACAGAGCGGGCACGGAGGAGGGGGUCAUCCUCAGCUAUGCCCACAACCGCCCCUCCAUCAUGUCCCGGCUCUACGAGAACCGCACGACGUUCAACGAGUCGAACCUGUCGCUGCAGGUGGUGCUGCAGAGCGGGGACAGCCGCCUCUACCGCCUCCGGUCCCAGGAGGAGGCCACGGCCUGGUUCCAUCUGCACGUCGUGGCACCGCUGUCCAAGCCAGAGAUCGUGGGCAACUCCUCGGUGAAGGCAGGAGGCAACACCAAACUGGUCUGCAACGUGCUGCAAGGGAAGGCAGACUCCUACUGGUGGAAGAAAAACGGGCAGCUGCUCCUGGGAAGUGAGCGCAUCCAGUUUGUGGAGAACACCACGCUCUGCAUCCUGCGGGCGUCCAUCAGCGACAGCGGCUACUACACGUGCGUGGUGAGCAACGCCGUGAGCCAGAACGAGACCUCCUUCCUGCUGCAUGUCCACCACUCUGCCAACGUGGUGCUGCCCGUGGUCCUGGCCUGUGUCAUCAUCGGCUCGCUCGCAGGUAUCUUCGUCUGGUGUCAGAGAAGGGAGAACGAGUGUGACAACUGUUGGUAGAGCUGGCUCAGCCCUGCUGUUGCCCUUCCCUGAUGAUGGAUACAGCUGGGAGUGCCAGGUAUCCCAGCUCAGCCUCUCCUGGACUCCCCUCUGAAGUGUUCAAGCUGCCAGAACCUGCAGAUAUUGUUUUGGAAAACACUGGUUUGGACUAUUUCUAUGUUGUCCUGCUCUUCCUGUUGUGCAUCCCUGGAGAGGGAUGUACCUGCUCCUCCCUCCAUCCUCCCGGCUCCCUCCAGAGCCCUGCACAGGCUCAUGGCUCUGGAAAGAGCCACUGUCCCUGCUGGGCAAAUCCACAGUCCCGGGAGCCAGCCCUGCCUCCCGGUGUCCUGCCGUGCCAGGGGGUUGCCAGGGGGCUUGGGGGCUGAGGCUCUGGGCAUCCUGCUCCGUGUGGCCCUCGGAGGGAGGAGAAAGGGCAGGACUGCGCUGUGUGUGCGUCCAGGCGGGAGCGGGGCAGCGGGAGCUGGCAGGGAAUGGGGAGCAGCAAAGGAGUUCAGGGUUUGAAGGCAGAUCCCAAGGAAAUCCCUGCAGCCGGCUGAGGUAGGGAUGCUCCCGAGCCCAUCUCCUCCGGCCCUGGGCUCUGCAGCAUCCCCUCCUCUUCCCAGCACAAGGAGUGCUGUUGCCAGCUCGUCCUUCCCGUUUGCUGCUCCUGCGGGUGACAUCAGCCUUGGCCUGGUUGGAUACCGGGAGCCCUGCUCCUGUCCCCUGCUGUCCCCUGCUGUCCCCUCCCUCCCCGUGCUGCUUCUGCAGGGCUCUCCUGGGCGGUGCUGUGAGGGGAGGCAGAGCAGGCAUCUCCCACCUGCAGAGAACUAGAUGCUCCCCCGGGAUGCUGGACCUCACUGUUGGUCACCCCGGGACAUUUGCACCCCCUUUUUAGUCUGAGGGGGAAAUCCCAGCUCCAGGGCCCACCCUGAGCCGGUCCCCAGCGCCUCUGGAGCAGGCUGGGGAACCUCUCCAAGGCCAACUGGAAAAUUGUGGGAGAGGAUAUUCAGGGGCUGUUAGCAAGGGGCCAUCUCAGCCUGGGGUUUCAUGGAGCCAUUGGAGGAAGCAGAGGAGUUUGGGUGGAGUAGAUGAGAUUCUGACCCCACUGGAAGCUGCAGGACAGGUUGUCGUGUUCUCUGUUGCACGUGAGGGUGUAAAACGUAGCCACACGUUUUACAAGGAAACCUUUCCUAAGUUGAGGAGUUGUCUGUGAGUUGUUGUGGAGACUUUGUGGUUUGUUGAUGGCUGUUGCUGCUAAUAAAGUGUGUGUUAUCCCA